CUGUUCUGCCCCAUGCCCUGCGGGGGAAGGGGGUCUGGUCCCCCAGGUGUGCCGGGCUCCCCCCGGGGUGUCCCGGGCCCCCGGCGCUCCGUCUGCCGGCCCCUGAGGGCGAUCUGAGACGCUUUGGCUCGGGGGUGUGUGUGCGCUGGGAUUUUCUUUUUCCCCAAAUGCGUUAGGGUCUUGGUAAUGAGGAGGGGCUUGCAGGGGAAUGGUGCUGAAGAGGGCUCAGGAGAACACAUGCUCACAGGAAGGGAUGGUUUCCAUUGUUCUCGAGGUGACCUGCAGCCUUGUUGCCUGGCUGUUUCUGUACACCUGCUUCUGCUACUGGAACAAGCACCGUUCCUACGAGUGGAGCUGUCGCUUGGUCACCCUGCUGCACGGGGUGAUUGUCACCUGCCUCUCUGGUUACGUUGCUCUCUUGGAUGGUCCCUGGCCUCUCAGCCAUGCAGGUUCACCAAACAAAUCUCUUCAGAUCCAUGUGCUGUCCCUGACCUUGGGUUACUUUAUCUUUGACCUGGGUUGGUGCCUAUAUUUCCAGACAGAGGGGGUCCUAAUGCUGUUCCAUCACACGCUGAGCAUCUGUGGCAUGAUCAUGGUGCUGGGGCUCGGGAAUUCUGCUACAGAAGUCAAUGCUGUUGUAUUUGUGAGCGAGAUCACCAACCCACUGCUCCAGACCCGUUGGUUUCUGCGGGAAAUGGGGUGUUACCACACUUUCCUGGGAGAGAUGGUGGAUUUCUUCUUUGUGUUCCUCUUCCUGGUGCUGCGAAUCGGGGUAGGAGCUUUGAUCCUGUACGCGAUGGUGACAUCCCCUGAUCCCAGCUGGCUCCUCAAGGCUGGAGGCCUGGCCAUGUACAUUGUAUCUUUGGGCUUCAUGGUUGAAAUAUGCCGCUUUGUGAGGAGGAAAAUGAUGAAAAAAUAUCAUUCCUGGACAAGCCUGAGGAGUAAGAAUGCACCCAUGAAAACUAACGGGCACUUGACAGCUCAUUAAUGGGUUGUGGAUGACAAUCCCUUGGGCUAGAGUCCUGGCUACUGAAGACUAUUCCUGUGAAAAGAUCUCCUAAAAGUGAUGUGGAAUUGACUUUCUGGCACUGGCAGUAGUCUGCUACCCCUGGAGGAGAUGAAUGAGUGCUAGGAACACGGGAGAGCUGAAGAAAGAGGGGUUUGCGUGGAAAUCUGAGGAACCUGACAUGUCUACUGAACUCUGAUUCCCUGACUUCUCCACCAACGGUACAGUCUCAGCGAGGGUGGCAAUGCCAGACCUAUUCAGUCUACAACCAAUAAUUGCACAAUCUGUAUGUUCUGUACUCAUUUUGGAGGUAGAAUUAUUUUAUAAUGUAGAGCCAGAAAAUCAAAUGUGAAAAAUCCUGUCUUCCUGCCAGUGGGACCAGGUAGGGGUGUGACCUAGCAAAAAUUUACUGAGCCUUACUCUCCCUUAAUCCUGGAGUUGGACAACAUGCUUGACUAAGUUACUUGGAUGAAAGCCUCUGAACAAGAUUCAAGUGCUUGCAGGGGUAUAGUGGAGUUGUCCUUUGAGUGUGUGAAGUGAUGGUACUUGAGGUGAGACAAUGUUUUACCUCAUUAUUUUUAAUGAUACUUUUUUUUUUUUUUUUAAAUACUUGCAUUCAAGCAGAUACUGAUCUUAGAGCAGUGUGACUUCACUGGGAUUGACUCAGGCCCUUGCAAACUCCCUUGCAAACUAGAGUAAAAAAUUAGACUUGUGCCAAUAAACUCCAUAAGCAGGUGUUCACCUAGCCUUGGAUUGCUUUAAAAAAAAAAAAUCAGGCACUUUGUGGGUGAGAGAUGAUAGAGAAGAGCCCUCUCUGGAUGCUCUUUCUGUUCUGAGGUUGGCUCAUUUACAAGCCACUUAAGCUGAAUGCAUGGCUAACGAGUCUAAGUGACUAUAUUUUCAGGGGUGACUAAUGUUCAGGCAGAUCUCAGUGUAACAUCUGCUCCCAUACCAGCAGGUCUCGGAGUAUGGACCAGUUCUCCUGUUUUCUUUACCUCUCAGAAUUAUGUUCUGACAUUCCCCCUGGGGUUUUAAUGUGAAUUUCGCUCUAUUUAAGGCUGCAGUUCAGACUUACUCUCCCAUAAAAGCCUCACUUACAGCUGAGAAAAAAAUGGGCUUGUGUUGCCCUCAGGCUUAGCAAGGCUGGUUGCCUUUCCUUCCUGCUUUCAAAGACCUUGUUUAGAGGAGCUUCUUUAUGGAGCUAAAGAGACCCUGAAGCAGCCUGUGUGGCUCGUGCUCAAGUGAGGUGUCACCCCUGCUGCAGAGAUGGAGGGGAGCAGAGGGAAUACAGCUGCUGUGGGGAUGCAGCCUUACUAGUUCCUCCUUGCCUCUUAUCCCACUAACUCUGGCACUGUUCAGGGCAGAUAUCUGCCUUGGCUGAGGGUUAGAAUAAGGUGUCUGGAGAGAUUAGAAAAUGACAUGAAAUAACCUAACUUUUGACGUGCCCUCUGAAUGCAUUGCAGCUGUGAAUCCAGGCAAGUUAGCAGGCUAAUAUGUUUUUCUAAACAGGAGCCUUGCACUCCUGAUAGGUUGCCAGCAUGGCUGUGGAGGGCUGGCCUCGUGAGGUGUGGUCUUGCCAGAGUCACUGUGCUCUUCCAAAAAAUCCGACGAGUGAUGAGACUUCUAAUAAAGUUAUGUUCUCUUUUUAAAAAGAAACGGUUGCUGUAAUGUUCUUUUGUUCCAGGUCUUAAGGAGGCAACUGAAGUUAAUGCUGAGGAAAACAGGCUUGAGGGUAGCCUAAGCAUGCUAAGGCUAGUAGUCAUUGACAAAGCUCUGGCUCAUGCCCUUCGUGCAGUUCAGGAAGGAGUAAGCUGGUGGGGAAACAAGCACAGAUGGAGCCAUGUGCUGUGGAGCUCAGGCUUGAGAUGUGAAGGAUAGAUGAGGGUCAGCUGAAGCUCAGAUUUGUGACUAAUCUACCCAUAACCUGCCUUGCCAAUGAAUCAUGGUCAAUAUCGCAGGGAACUUAAGAAUGGGCCAUUAAACUGAGGUGUUUUCUCUUGAUAGACACGAGGUCACAGGGUAACUGUUAAAUUCUAGUCAUGGCCCACAUCACAGGUUCCCUUUCUUUCUGCAGCACCAAUGC